AUGAUCCGCGAAAAUGUCAGUUGCGUCAGUCGGUUCUUCAAGGUGGACAACAAUAGUGAAAUCAGUGCUACCAGUCCACAUAAAAUUGGACGAACAUUACACACAGACUUAGACUCCAGUCAAGAUCUCAGCCAGACGUCUAUGGACUCGGAAUCGGAUUCAUUAAGCAUAACACAGCUAACCAUAGACGAGCCCGAACCGCUUAACAUUGAGCCAUUUUUCAACAUAACCAUCAGAGAGAUGCCUACGUCACCACAUUACGUCAUAGAAGAGGAGUUCUCCCGAAACCCCUGGGCGAUGUUAAUAGCAACAAUUUUUCUAACCAAAACGUCGGGAAAAACCGCCAGGCGCUACAUAAAAAGUUUCUUUGAGGAAUAUCCGACGCCUUACGACGUCCUAAGCGAUUGUCCGACCUCACUGGAGAGGUUCUUCGAGAAUCUGGGCCUCAGGAAACGCGGGCAUAUGAUUUGGAAGUUGUCCUACCAGUUUGUGUCGUCGAAAUGGCGACGGGCCAGUGAUCUUUGCGGCAUAGGGAAGUACGGCGAGGAUGCGUACAGGAUUUUCUGUUUAGGUCACACGGAUGUGAAUCCCGGUGACAGAUAUCUCAAGCUCUAUUUGGAUUGGCUGACUAGAUGUACGGGUUUUUACGAGGACAAUGGAGUUGUAGACAGCGAGUAUCUAAUCGAAGACCCUGUAUUAAAGUACUAUCGCAUAACGCUUCAGGACGCUGGA